AUGACUUCCGCACCGAGAAACAUAUCCAACCGUCCAGCACUACCGGUCUAUCAUGCCGAAUGCGAUGCCCCCAGCUUUCCCACCAAAACUCAGGCAUAUUCUGAGAGUGAAAGUCCUGACGCUCUCACUCCGAUUUCGUCCACCAGUGGCCAACCUGCCACUCCGGCUGACAGCGAAACCAGCGGGUCUGCAAUCAGCGAAGUCACCGCCAAACUGCACCCUGACCUUGACCGGAAGCUGGAAGCCCUCGUCUUUGCGGAGGAAAUAGUACCUCCUCGUGGACAGUCUGCGGAUGAUCUUCCCACCGAAGUGCCUGCCCCGACUUCGAGAGAUCCGUUCGGAUUCGUGUGUGCCUUUGGGUUCACGGGAUCAUUCGACGAGCCACCGGCCGUUCCCAGGACGAAAGGUGCCUUCCUCACUGCAAUCAGAGGCGAGAUUGAGGGAAUCGGCAUGAUCCAGAGAGGGCUUCAGUCGUACCAGAACGCCAUCAAUUCCCGAAAAUACCAUACCUUCAGCCCCAGAUUUCUCAUCGAUCAGAAUACUGCCACUGUGAUUACACUCGACCAGUUGGAUCAAAUAACGACCCACUUGAAGAAACUCGAGGAGGAAGUUCAAGAGAUGGAGAAUGAAGAGGAGGUCCGGGAGGAACUUAUGGAGGCGUUCAGGCAAGCGCAACCUUGGGUGAUGCGUACACGGGCCAUCCUACGACAUUGCCAUGUUUUCUACAAGAUCAAUUUCGUCCUGGCCACUGGGACGCAGAACACACAGCAUUGA